AUCUCAGGUUCGUAUUAUAACCACCCGAUAUUUUGGGAAUGUGGUAAUAUAAGCGCCCUCUAUCGUCGCCGUAGUAUUUGUCAACAUGGCAAAGGUUAAGGCAAAGGAUCUCCGUGGCAAGAAGAAGGAGGAUCUUACCAAACAGUUGGAUGAACUUAAAAAUGAACUGGGUACCUUGAGAGUUGCAAAGGUUACUGGUGGUGCAGCAUCCAAACUGUCAAAAAUUCGUGUAGUGAGAAAAUCUAUUGCUCGAGUUCUGACAGUGAUCCACCAGACACAGAAGGAGAACCUUAGGAAAUACUACAGAUCUAAGCGUCUAAAGCCUACAGACCUCCGCAAGAAGAAGACUAGGGCAAUGAGGAGGGCCCUGACACCAUUCGAAAAGUCCAUCAAGUCACGGAAACAACAGCGCAAAGAAAGACUCUACCCUAUGAGAAAAUUUGCUGUCAAACAAUAAAUCUUGUGAAGAGCUAACAAA